UUAAGUAUACACAGUCCAAAAGCAUAAAAACGCAUCAUUCGAUUUCACACCCUUAUUUUCAGUUAUUUCCAUGCUAACAUGGGAGUCUUCAUGUCUCUCUGUAUACUGAAGCCCCUAACGGUUAUCAUGUUGUUACCCAUUGUUCUCUACCUUCUUCACGUAAUUUUACGUGAAUUCCGGCGGGUUGGAAAACUUUCCGGCUAUGGCCCGACAACGUACCCUAUCAUUGGAUGCUUGAUUUCCUUCUACAGGAAUCGCAACCAUCUACUGGAUUGGUAUACAGAACUGCUGAGGGAGUCAGCAACCAACACAAUCGUGGUACACCGGUUUGGUGCACCGCGGACCAUAGUCACAGCAAAUCCAGAUAACGUAGAGUACAUGCUCAAGACCAACUUUAACAACUUCCCCAAAGGCAAGCUCUUCACUGAAAUCCUUGGGGAUUUUCUUGGCUGUGGUAUAUUCAAUGUGGAUGGAGAGCUAUGGCGCACCCAGCGGAAGUUGGCCAUCCACGAGUUCAGCGCGAGGUCCCUUCGAGAGUUUGUCAUGAAUGCAUUGGAGGAAGAAGUGGGAAAGCAGUUGUUGCCAGUUCUAGAGGCCCUGGCUUCCAGGAAGGACGAAGUGGUUGACUUGCAGGAGUUGCUAAGGCGAUUUGCGUUCAAUUUGAUUUGCAAGGUUUCCUUGGGGAUUGAUGAGUUUUGCUUGGAUCCUUCCCUACCCAGUUCACCCCUUGCGAAAGCUUUCGACGUGGCGUCAGAGGUAAGUGCAAGGCGAGGAGCUGCACCUCUUUUCUUUGUUUGGAAGAUGAAAAGAUGGCUUGGGGUGGGAUCUGAGCGAAGACUAAAGGAUGCUGUUGAAGAAGUUCAUGCCUAUGUCACAGGAAUAAUUCAUAAUAGAAAGAAAAAGAUCGAACAAGGUGAGGUUUGCAGUGAAUCAGAUCUCCUAUCUCGGCUACUAUCAGCCGGCCGCCAUGAAGAUGAUGUUAUAAGAGACAUGGUGAUAAACUUCAUUAUGGCAGGGAAGGACACAACUUCAGCAGCAAUGACAUGGCUCUUCUGGUUGCUUUCCUGUCAUCCCAAUAUAGAGCAAGAGGUGGUGAAGGAGAUAGAAUUUGUUGGAGGGGAAAAGUUGGAGUAUGAAUCACUCGAGGAGUUGAGAUUGUUGAAAGCAUGCCUUUAUGAGUCCAUGAGGCUCUACCCACCUGUAGCUUGGGACUCCAAGCAUGCUAUAGCCGACGACUUAUUGCCAGAUGGUACUCCUGUCAGGGCAGGAGAUAGGUUGACUUACUUCCCUUACGGGAUGGGGAGAAUGGAAGCAUUGUGGGGCAAGGACCGGUUUGAGUUCAAACCGGACAGAUGGUUUCUCGAGCCGGACAAGGAGAGAGGGGCACUGAAGAAGGUAUGCUCCUACAAAUUCCCAAUUUUUCAGGCCGGCCCAAGGGUGUGUCUCGGCAAGGAGAUGGCUUUGGUUCAGAUGAGGUAUGUUGUGGCUUCCAUUCUUAGGCGGUUCGAAAUUAGACCAACCGGUUCGGACACGCCGGUCUUUGUACCACUCCUGACGGCUCACAUGGCUGGCGGGUUAAAGGUUUUGGUUCGCAAGAGACGGGCUAACUGAUCGGGUAAACUGAGGAAACUCACUAAAUUGUCCAUACAAAAAAUAAACAAAUAAAUUAGUAAAAGUCAACGGUUAUGACUUAAGAUUUGUUGGGCUGUAACAUGCCACUCAGAUCUACCUCAUUUGUAUUAUAAAUACAAGGGAGAUUAAUACGUACCACAACCAUUUAGUGCUCUUUGUGUAUCAUCAAUCAUGGAUAUCCAAUAUAAUCCAAAAUUACGAGCGCCA